CCUUUUUUAAGGUUUUACUGUUUUUCCAUGGGUGAGUUCAGAUGGAAACUCAACUGCACGACCUGAAACAAGAAGUGUUCCAUGUCCUAUGUACAUAGAGAACUGCUCAGAGAUUUCAGAGCCAGCAAGAUGGAGGGGCUAUUUCUCCCGAUGUCCAAAAUCAUACAGACAUUACUGCGUAAAAGGAAAAUGUCGGUUUGUUGCAGCUUUGAAGGAACCCUCUUGUAGGUGCGAAAAAGGAUAUACUGGGAAAAGGUGUGAAUACCUUGAUUUAUUUUAUUUAAAAGAAGAUCGAGGUCAGGUUGUUGUGAUUAGUCUGAUUAUCGCCAUGGUGACCCUCAUAAUUGCCAUUAUUUCCAUAUGCAUCUGUUCACAUCGUUGCAGAAAAGCACAUAGAAGAAAACUGAAAGCAAGGGAAAUAGAAAACCUGAAUAAUGAUUCCACAGUGAAGAUAGAAGAAACUAAUUUUGCCUAG